GUCAAUUUAUUAGCUCUCCUCCUAAUAUUUCCAUCAUUGGAGUCAUUGGAGAAGGGGUUGUUCUGCCCUGCCAUGUGGUAGCAGAUAACAUUCCCGAGGUAUUCUCUGUCCAGUGGAUAUUUCACGAACAGUCUCAAAAAAUAACUGUGAGCAGAUAUGACGGCAAGAAUAAAGAGGUGAAACAAGCUGAGCGAUAUCAAGGUAGAACGGAGUUCUUCCACGGUGAAUUUAGAGCUGGCAACAUGUCUCUGCACUUGAAGAACGUCAGGAGCUCUGACAAAGGAUCCUACACAUGUGUGGUCUCUUUUGAUGACACGUACCAUGAGGUAUUGGUUGAGCUGCAAGUGACAGCUAAAGGUGGCGCACCUUCCAUUUUCCUGAGGCGUCACAUGAAGCAGGGCAUUGGCCUCGCCUGCCGUGCAGCUGGAUGGUUUCCUAAACCUGAGGUGAUAUGGCUGGAUGGCCAAGGACAGGUCCGGAAGGAGAUAUCGACCACAAAGAUGACAACGAUGCCUGCAGGCCUAUACAGCAUCGUAACAUUCAUGAACCUAAAACCGGGCUCUGACAUGGAAGUCUCCUGCAGGAUAGUCAACGAUCUGCUAAAUACAACCAGCGAGUCCCGAGUCCUGAUCUCAGAUAUUUUCUUUCCCUCCAUUUCAAAAUGGCUGAUGAGCUUCCUGGUAAUUUUAUGUCUUAGCAUGAUCCUAAUUUGUGCUAUAUUCUCUAAGCUGAGAAGUAAUCACAAGAAAAGUGUUAGCUCAGUAAAAGUGAAGAUGGGACUGGAAGAAGAAAAGAAAAAGCUGAAGUCAAUGUUAGCCAAAUCCAAACUCAAAAAACGUUUUGGCCAACUGAAAGCAGAGCUGGGUUUCUGGGAAGCCCGGAGCCAUGCAGUUCCCAUUGCUGUGACUCCUGACUGCCGAGUGCUGGAGCUCCGGGUGCCAGGGGCUCCGGCUGUGGAGAGCAACGCGUCUGAACCUGCUGGCCCGAAUGCUCCCUCCCCAGUCCCUGUCCUGGUGGGAAAGGAAGGGUUUGCAGCUGGGAAACACUACUGGGAGGUGGAGGUGGGCCAGCAGCACGACUGGGUGCUGGGGGUGCUGAGGGAGAAAGAGAGCCAGGAAGAAGAAGGUACCCUUCCUGGGGAGGACUACUGGGCUCUGCACGGGUCCCAGGGAGAGGUUUUCUCUAUCAAAGGUGACGGCAAGAUUGAGAAGCAGCAGAGAAGUAAUUCAGUGAUCGGUGUCCUUCUGGACUUGGAGGGAGGGCAAGUCACUUUCUACGAUGCCGAGCAGAUGUGUGUCAUGAUGGGAAUGCCUCUACAGCUUGGAAAGGAACCUGCAGAAAGGUUUUACCCAUUUCUAUCCAAAAGGGAAGGGGCACUCACACCUCUUAUCCGCCCAGUCUUAAUCCCCAUCCCUUUGGAGACGCUGUAA